CUCACCGAGUCCUGGACUCCUGGUUGCCGGUUCACCGUCGGAGCCUGACGUCACGCCACACGCCACGCGCGGGUAACACGGCCGGCGCCUGCACGGCGCCCGCGGCUCCGCGCGCUCGUCCUACUUGCCAUCCGUCACUGGACGGGCCACGCGACUGCGAUCCCUGCCACACGAGCGCAACGCGCCAUGGGUCCGGCGUGCCAGUGAGAGCGGGAGAAGCUCGGACAUCUCCGUGGAGGGACAUCUUCUCCAGCGAUUCAGCGCGGGAUCCUGCUGGACUGGCCUGAUCCCUCCGUGCUGGUGUCGGCGAGCAUGCAAGGAAGGAUGCGAGGCGCGCGGCGGAGCGCGCGCGGGGAAUCGUCCCGGAAGGCGGCGGGCCGCGAGGUGGAGCCAUUCACGCUGUGCGGCGAGAUGUCCCAUCUCACCAGGGCCACGUCAGAGCCGUGCCGCAGGGCUCGCGGCGCCGCCUUCGCCCGCCGGGCGAGGCCCUUCUCGGCGUACGAGCUGGUGUCGGCGCGGGAGGCCGGCCGCGCGGGCGGCGCCGGGUUCUCCGCGGCCGAUCGAGCCUACCUCGGCAGGCAGCACAUCCCCACCAAGGGGCCGUGGGGCGUCGACGACGUGGAAAGCGAGGCCUACGUCUCGCAGUUCUCCGCCGAUGGCUCGUUGCUCAUCGCGGGGUUUCGGGGAAGCCGCAUCAGAGUCUACGACGCCGAGAAAGGGUGGAAGAUCCACAAGGAUAUAAGCUGCAGAAGUGUGCACUGGACGGUUUCAGAUAUUGCUCUCUCACCUGACCAACGAUUCCUUGCCUAUGCAAGUCUGACACCUAUUGUUCACAUUGUGAAUGUUCAGAAUGCUGGAAAGGAAUCACAUGCUAAUAUUACUGAAAUUCAUGAGGGAUUGGAUUUAACCGGUGGUGAUGAGGAUGAGGACUUUGGAAUAUUUUCUGUUAAAUUCUCCAAAGAUGGUAAAGAAGUUGUUGUUGGGAACAAUGAAAAGUCAAUAUAUGUUUAUGACCUUUCAGCAAAUAAAGUGUCAGCCCGCAUCCGUGCUCAUAAAGCUGAUGUCAAUGCUGUUACCUUCGCUGAUGAAACUGGAAACGUGUUGUACUCUGGAAGUGAUGAUAGUCUCUGUAAGGUGUGGGACAGGCGUUGCCUUUCAGGGGAAAAGUCAGCAGGUAUUUUGACAGGUCAUUUAGAUGGAGUUACAUUUAUCGAUAGCCGUGGUGAUGGGCGUUAUUUCAUCUCCAAUUGCAAGGAUCAGAGAAUCAAACUUUGGGACAUCAGGAAAAUGUCUUCCGUCGUGAGAUCUCGCCCAGUGAGUCUAGUGGACUGGGACUAUAGGUGGAUGCCAUUUCCAUCAGAAGCUCAUAAUCUUAAGCAUCCAGGUGAUCAGUCUGUGGCCACAUACAGAGGCCAUUCAGUUCUGCGAACACUUAUCCGUUGCUAUUUCUCCCCUGUGCACAGCACGGGUCAGAGGUACAUAUACACGGGAUCCAGUGACAAGUCUGUACAUAUUUAUGACGUGGUAACCGGGGAGGCUGUCAAGAGGCUUUCGUGGCAUGGCUCCAUCAUCAGAGACUGCACCUGGCAUCCAUACUACCCAACGCUCGUCAGCUCCUCCUGGGACGGCUUCGUUGCCCGGUGGGAGGCCUCGGGCGACGACGACGACCAUUCGGUGCUCGUCGCCGACGAGAUGAGAGGAAGCCCUUACUACCGGAGAUACGGCGAUCCCUUGGUGAUGUAGAGAUGUCUGCAAAGUGGUUAACACCAAAUGGUAGUGAGCAUGUACUUUGCUUUGUUGUUUGGGAAUUACAACUGAGCAGCAUGUACAGUGCCGUUUGGCUCAUGUGGUUGUAUAGCCUUACGAUAAAUAAUAUGUAGGGAUACAGAAAGAACACAUGAGAUCGAAGCGACUUUAUAAAUCCUAUGGAAUUUAUAGAAACAGACAAGAUCCUCUUUCCUUGUUUUUAAAAACUUUAUAAAUACUUUUUCGAAUUUUGAUUGGAUUGGAAUA